GUGCGCGCCUCACCAAGCACUUCAGCGCACGGACUCCUCCAAGUUGAGAGCGCGAGAUCAUCUGCAAGUUUUAUCUGCUAUCUACAAUUACAACGCAGAGAUUUUAAAGGUACAUCAUGGGAAACAGGUUCAGCAGAAGACGAGAUGUCCCAGCCAGCAGUGCUGAGACGGAGCAGAAGACUGCAGAGGAGCCAGCAACCUCAGAACCAGCAGAAAUCUCUGCAGUAACACAGACUCAAGUCGCUGAGACAGAGAAUCUAGAUGUGUUGGCAGGGGUGCCUGUGACAUCGGUUGCACGUACACCCAAAGAAGAUGGUGUAACAGAGUGUAAAGAGGUUGAAAUUCCUGCCGUGUCAGACCCAAUAACAGAUGGAGAAUCAGAGCUGGUGGUAAAGGAUCCAGCUCCAGUCCAGCCUGAGCCUCUUGUCUCAGCCAUCAAUCCUCCAGAUCCUGAACCAAAACCUGAUGUUGAAGCUGAUCUUGCUGCAGGACUGGCCCCAGAGCCUGUCCCUGAACCUGAGUCUGCCUCAUAUCCAGAGGCAGCCCUCAAGCCCAUCUCAGAGCCAGUACCAGCCCCAGCUGGGUCUCUGGAGCAACAUACAGACCUGCUCACCCAAGAGUCCCUCCCUGAGCCAAUGCUUUCCUCACCCCCUUUGAUUGAUUUGGGUGCUCCUGAUGACAUAUCCUCACCAGCUCCCAUCCCUGUCCCACUCAUUCCACACGAGUCAUCAAACAUCUCAGCAGGUGAGCAAUGCGAGGAGAAUGUUGAAGCUGCUGAGGAUUUCCCACUGGAACCCGAAGAAUCCACAGAAACAUCAGCGUUUCUGGAAGAGCAAACUAAGGUGGAGGCUGCCGAGUGCUUGGAGACACUGGGGAGUGAUGUCAACCAGGGAAGUGUUAGUGGAGUCCUAAAAAACUUGGAGGUGUCAGGAAAUGACCUUCUCAAUGACCUCAUUCCAAGUGAUGUCAAGAUCCCUGAUGACACUCCCAUCACAGACAUGAGCACACCCAUCGAGCUCAUGUGAAUCCAUCAAAAAGGAUUCAUGGCAGAAGUGGAUGGAUAUUUUUUUUUAUGAAACCUUCCUUUUAAAUGAAUUCUGAGUGGAUCAAAGAAACUAUCCUUUUAUUUCACCCUAAGUGCCCUCAUUAAAACAAAUAUAAGUUUUUUCUUUUUUUAAAAAUAAACCAAAUGUACCAAAAGAGCUGCACAACAAGAUGAACUGAAACCUAAAUAUUGAUGCUUUUCUUUUUAUAGUACAUUUAUGCAGCCAGUUUGUUCUCAAGUUGGGUGCAAAGCAGCACCAGGAGUGCCACGGCUAUUAGUUCUUAAGUGUUUUAUCAGACAACAGAGAUCUUCAUCUCUGCAAACUCACCAUACAAAUAUUUAAACAUAUCUCCUGUUGGGUAUUCAACAAAUAGUUAAAUCUUACUAUAAAGAACCAUGUGCAAACCAGAAUGUUUAUAAAAUAAAAUGUCAAAUGUCUAAGAACAGAUGUGAGAAACAGUGACAGAUUUAUAACAUAAGGAACAACAAAAAAGGAACCAAUGGUAUUCUGUAUUUUACAAUAUAAAAGGAAAUAAGUCCCCUACAGAGACUUUUGUCUUAAUAUCGUAGUGUUUGGAUUUUUCAAUAAUACUCUGAAAUGAGUGUCAUUUUCAUUUAAUAGUGGCUUGCUUGUGAAAAUAAAUCUGUGUAAGAUGA